ACUCUACACUCUUCACCUUCACUGCUCUCUGCAACAUCUCCUUCGCCAUACACUGCUCUUCUCUAUCCAGAAGCACCGAAAGAACCCAUAUCGAUCUCAUAAUUUUGCUUCUUCAGCAUAAAGUUUGUAUCUUUUGCUUCUGGGCAUUACAAAAGAUUGUGGAGAGAAAAAAAUGGGAGGGGCAUCUCUGCCGCCGGGUUUCCGAUUCCAUCCUACCGAUGAGGAAUUGGUGGGGUAUUACCUGAAAAGAAAAACCGAGGGACGUGGGUUCGAGCUUGAAGUGAUUCCUGUAAUUGAUUUAUACAAGUUUGAUCCAUGGGAGCUUCCAGAGAAAUCAUUCCUCCCGAACCGAGACAUGGAAUGGUUCUUCUUUUGUCCACGGGACAGAAAGUACCCGAACGGCUCACGAUCAAAUAGAGCAACAAAAGCUGGCUACUGGAAAGCCACUGGAAAAGACCGUAAGGUUGUCUGCCAAUCUUCGGUGACUGGAUAUCGAAAGACAUUAGUCUUCUAUCGCGGACGGGCCCCCUUAGGGGAUAGAACAGAUUGGGUCAUGCAUGAGUAUCGGCUCUCCGAUGAGCUUCCCCAAGGAUCACUUGGUCUUCAGGGAGCUUUUGUGUUGUGCCGGGUAAUUAAGAAGAACGAGCAAAGUUCAAAGACAAGCGAUUCCAAUGGAGAGCUGAAAGGCAAGAGGGUGGGAAGGUACUUGAGCCCAGUGGACAUCACCUCAAUUGACACAUCAAGUGAGCUUCCAAGCACCUCGAAUGACGUCUCACCUCAAAACAGUGGACUUUAUGAUGAAAGUCGUAAUUCAAGCCCUAUACCACCUGAAAUCAUAGAAAUAGCAGAUUCCGAGCCAGCUUUAAUGGAGAACAAUCUUGCUAGCAUCUGGCAAUACCCUCAAGGACAAGGAUUGGAGUUUCAGUACUUCCCUCAGCAUGAGGUUCCUAGUUCUGUGGCUUCCUGGCAUUUGACCAAUAACAAAGAGACCGCGUCCUAUUUGGCAUACUCGGAUUUUAUUGGGGAAGUCGAACUUGCAGAGGAACUCGGCCAAAUUAGCUGCAUGUCGCCUUACUCGGGGCACGAGAACUAUGCCAGGUUUUGCCAAUAUGAAGAGAUCUCAUAUGAAGGAUAUGGAACUUGGGAACAAUCUCCAAUUUGCAGGCAAGCAAGUGGCGAUGGCGGCUCAGGAGACUUUGGGAAUCUGUGGAUGCAGGAAGACAACAUGACGAUCGUGAUGUAGUCAUUUGCUUUGCAGCAACUAGUUACGUUAUUAUUACUUUCUAGUAGUAUCUGAAGUGUGGUAUCCAAGAAGACGCCUUUUAAUGUUGGUUCUUGGAGCGCGACAAAGGACGGGGCGUUCUUUGCAUAUGUGACGGAAGGUUUUAUGGUCCGUAGGCAGCUUGGAGUCGGUUUGGUAUACCAAAUGGUUUAGUUGUCCUUUUUUAUCUUAAGAGUUAAGUAAUGUAAUACACCCCCUGGUGAUAAUGACUUUUAUCAGUUACACCGGGAGAUGGUUUAGCUACAAGUAGGACUUCCCAUCUUGAUUAUUUCGCUCUCGUGUAAGCUUAUCCCAUGAAAGCUUCUCACCGUUGUGAUAUUGAAGCUCGUACUGUGCAUUGAGGCGAA